AUGGAGGUUGUGACAACUCCAAUAUCAAUCUGGUCUGAGAAGAUCCUAGAAAAACUGCACAUCCCAAACAUAAUGGAACAAGAUGUUCCCAACCUUCCACCGGACUACUACACCUGCCAGUUCCGCAGCAAUAAACUAGAGAGGUUUCUUGGUCAUGAAAACAAGGACACUUUUUUCAAGACCACACAGAGGCACCAGAUACUGUAUGAGAUAUUAGCCAGGACUCCAUAUGGAUCGUUGAAGAGAGGGGAGGUUGGCAUUGGCAGGCUGGUUAGUGAGCAUGUUCUCACUGCUGCUUUUCCUUUACAUGAGGGUCCAUCUGAGAUGCCGAAGACUCCAGUAGAUCCACAGUCUCUCAACAUGAGACAGAUCCUGCAUCAUUACUGGGCUCGCUGGGCUUGCUGGAGGAAGUACCAACCUCUGGAUCACAUUCGUGAAUACUUUGGCGAGAAGAUAGCACUUUACUUUGCAUGGUUGGGUUUCUACACAGGCUGGUUAUUACCAGCAGCAGUAGUGGGCUUUAUAAUAUUUCUGUUUGGUAUCUGGCUGGUGGUAACUGAUGUGGCAGCAGAAGAGCUGUGCACCAGUGGAGACACCUUUGUCAAGUGUCCGCUAUGCAACAUCUGCAGCUACUGGAACCUCUCCAGCAUCUGCUAUACUUAUAAGGCAGGCUUGCUAUUUGACAAUGGAGGAACUGUGUUCUUCAGUAUAUUCAUGUCUCUGUGGGCCGUCACCUUCCUGGAGUACUGGAAACGCACAAGCUCCAUACUCUCCCACCGAUGGGACUGCUCCGAAUUUGAGGAAAUAGAGGAGAGGCCAAGACCAGAAUUCACAGCACUGGCGCCCAUGACGGUUCGUAAUCCUGUCACUGGGGCUGAAGAGCCCUAUUUUCCAGAGACUCAACGACUGAGUCGUACUCUAACUGGUAACAUGGUCAUCAUUCUAAUGAUUGCCAUCGUUUUGAUAUUCCUAAUAGCCAUUAUCCUGUAUCGAACCAUCCUAAGCAUCAUUAUCUACAGAUCACAGAAUGCCUUCUUCAUAUUUUCAGCUGGAAGGAUAGCUAGCCUUACUGGUUCUAUGCUAAAUUUGCUGGUUAUUCUAUUGUUGUCACGGCUUUACACUUACCUGGCCCAAAUUCUGACACGAUGGGAAAUGCACCGCACCCAGACCAAAUAUGAAGACGCGUUCAUUCUCAAGGUCUUCAUCUUCCAGUUUGUCAACUUCUACUCAUCUCCUGUUUACAUUGCGUUUUUCAAGGGCAGGUUUGUUGGAUACCCUGGUAACUAUAACACACUCCUAGGAAUCCGAAAUGAGGAUUGUGGUGCCUCUGGAUGUCUCAGUGAACUAGCUCAAGAGCUGUUAGUCAUCAUGGUAGGCAAACAGGUCAUCAGCAACAUCCAGGAAUUUGUCUUGCCUAAAUUAAAGACAUGGUGGCACAGGAGGAAACUGAAGCCAGCUCCCAGUCAGGAGGUGAUAGAUGAACCAGACAGCAAGCCAGAGCUCAGCCCAUGGGAAGCAAACUAUCAGCUGCUGGUGUGUGAGGGGCUGUUCGAUGAGUAUCUGGAAAUGACUUUUGAUGCUUUCCUGAUUGCCUUCACGUCUGAUUUCCUGCCGCGGCUCUUUUAUCGCUAUAUUACAGGCAGCAUGAGAGGAUACGUCAACUUCACCCUCUCAGCAGCCCCUGCAAACUUCACCCAAAGACACAUGACAUGCAGAUAUCGAGGCCUCAGAGAUGAUAAAGGACAGCCCACACAAGAUUACUAUAAUUUGCUGGCCAUUCGACUGAGUUUCGUCAUUAUAUUUGAGCAUGUUGUUCUCCUGAUUGGGCGUAUUAUUGACUGGAUGGUGCCAGAUAUUCCCGAGGAGGUGGAAAUUAAGAUCAAACGAGAGCAUUACAUGGCCAAAGAGGCACUGGCUGAGAAUCAGUCUUUGAGUAGAGCUGUCCUGGAGGAGAAGGAGAGGCAAAUCUCUGAGCUGCGACACAGAGUCCUAUGAACAAUAUCUCGUCUCCCUCCAGUCCAUCUCUGAACAGAACAUGAAGACAAACCUACAGUCUGACACUCUGAUAUCUGACGCUUUUUAUAUACUAAGCAGGUGAUUCUCUAUAUGUAUAGAUGAUUUUGUAAACUGAACUCUAAAGGCAUUAUAAAAUAAUGGUUCAGAGACCUACCCUGCAUCCUAAUUUUAACGCUGUCUUAAAUUACACAAGAAUCAACCACUGUGUCUCACAUUAUGCUAUGUUGAAAAUAGUAUGCGGAACAUCCUUGGGUUAUAUACGUAUAUAUUAAAAAACUGACCAAAUAGAAAUGUCCCAUCCAAACGUCCGCUU